AUGACUAUGAAGAUGCAAGUCCUUCUUCUCUUGGUCUCUUUUUUCAUCCAGGGGCAAUCUGUUCCAGGCUCAGCUAUGUACCAGCGACCUAUACCUGUAGGUGGAGCAGUUGAAGAUGGGCCAGAAAAAUUCCCACCUGCCCGCCCCAGUGCCAAGAAUAUCGGGAACAUCUGCAAGGAUGGGAGUAAAAAGCUGCCGCAGGGCCUGAAAGAUUCAGAUCGCUCAAACGUCUACGACAAGGCAGAUGUCCUCAUUGAACUGGGAGUCGCCCUGGUGAAUGCUGAAGGUGGGCAAGACAAAUUCCCACCUGCCCGCCCCACUGCCAAGAAUAUCGGGAACAUCUGCAAGGAUGGGAGUAAGAAGCUGCCGCAGGGCCUGAAAGACUCAGAUCGCUCAAACGUCUACGGCAAGGCAGAUGUCCUCAUCGAACUGGGAGUCGCACUGGGCAAGUGUUGCAAGGAAAAGGCGCAGCUCCCUUGCUCCGAGAAAGCAUGGUCUGCCGUCCUGAACAAGAUGUGCGAAAAGCAAAGCGCAGUAAAGAUGGCGCACCAUGAGUGCUGUGGAAAGAGUGGUGCCGCCAGGGAAAACUGUUUUGACAAGAAGUCCCGCUUCCCAAAUUAUGACUUCUAG